GUCGUCGCUCUCUGAGGUCUGGGCUCAUUGUGUCGUCUAUGAACUAGUCAGGUCUGAACAAAAUGGCGGCCUUCUGCACGGGAUAAUGAGGUGUCUCAAAACUAUAUACAACAUGUCACUUUUGAGACUGUGUGUCUAUUCAGCGGGGUUAACUCGCAGUUUUGCGGUUGACAGAAGUGUUCGGAGAUUUCUGAAUGGCGAUUAUUGUCGCCUGUGUCUCAGAUUACGGAGUAAUGUUGAGAGACAAAUACAAGACAAAACAUGGGCUACAAUUUACCAAAGACACUAUUCAGCCAUCCCUAAGAAGGAAGAUGGGAAGAAAAGAUUCUGGGAACAGUCUCAGUUGUUGGAUGUUCUGGAGGCCAGAAUCCAACAGCUGCAAUCUGAGUCCGUUGUAGACAUCAAACAUUCAAAGGUGCAAAUCAUCAAAGUGCAGCAGAAAAUAAAGAAAACGUCACCUGGGAAUAGUCAAAAGAACUUGCUGGGAGAAAAAGCAGAAAUGCAUAAAAGUGGGCCAUCUGCCAAAAAAGUUGUAACUGAAGGUGUCAUGCCUUUCAAAAGUCACGCAGGCCGCUGGAUGGAGAAACUCAAGCGUGAAAAGUGGAUUAAUCCCAUAAAACAAACUUCACAUAGAAUGCACGACAAGCCAGUUGUGGGUAAAAGCAGCAAAGGUAGUUCGAUGCUUCCUGCUACAUCUACAAAGACCAUCACAAUAGGCAAAAGAAGUAAGACAAACACUAAAGUAGAAGACUCCAAAGCUACUGCGUCUACCACAACGUCCUCCAAUGUCUGUGCUGUGCAAAAAAAGUCUAAACAGAAGGUUUCAAGAGUCUCAGCGAGUUUAGUCGCCAGGUUUCCAGGAGUGCAAAAGAUCUCCAACAGUAAAGGUGGCUGUGUUACUGAGAUGUCUACACAAGAGAAACGGGCAGAUAAAGAAUUUGAUGAGAAAGAGGAGCUUAAUGUAGACAACGUAAUCGAGCAGCAGAGCUUGAGUGCUCCUGAAAAGCUUCUGGAGGAUAAGGAAGGAAACCGCUAUGGAGAUCCUCAGCUCAGAAUUCGUUGUUACUUGGAGGCGUGUGUUUUCAUUGACGAUGUAACUCGAGCUCAGAGCUUUCUACUUUCUCAUCACCGUCAAUUAUCCAAACGAAUGCACUUGUCUAUCAGCGCCUACAACAUCAUAAUGAGGAUGUGGGCCAAAAAAGGUUCCAUCAAUCACAUUCGUCGCUUGUUCAUUCUGAUUGAUGAAGCAGGUCUGAAACCCAACGUCGCGUCUUACAGCGCUGCUCUGGAGUGCAUGGGUCGCAUGCCUGUGUGUCAAACAUGGAUCAUUAAAAGGUGUCUGCAGCAGAUGGAAAUGGACGGCCUGUCCGUGGAUGAUGUGUUCAGACAGUGUGUGUUUAAAAAGGAUGAAAGAGAAAUGGUUCUGAGGGCCGUCCAAUUGGUGCAACCCGAAUACCAACCCAAUGUAUCCAGAGAUCAACCUGUCUGUUCCCUGCCAUUGGUGGAACAGUUUUAUGCUGAGAGGGAAGGUGCCACGUAUCCUAAACUGGACUUCAGCCUGAAAGAACUGCGGGACCGGUUUAGUCUUCAGCUGGCUAUGGAGAAAGCCACUACCAUCACUAUUGACUCAGUGGAGGCCUUAAAGCCUGUCACCGAGAACAUGGCCAAAAUGAGAGAAUUACUAGCAACACGGCGCAAACACUGGGAGAAAGCUCUCCUCCAUGCACUGAAGGAAAAGAAACGGAUAUUAUCCAGCAAAAGCCAGAAGUCCUGGAGUACCUGCAUAUACCCAUACCUGUGUAUCCUGGAUGAUCAGGAUUAUGUGAACAUCAUGCUUCAGAGUUUAGACAAGCAGUCACCCAGUGGUGAAUCUUUGCUUAUCAUGGCGGAGGAGAUGGGAAACCGAGUCUACAAUUUGUACUCCAUCCGGCAGAAGAGCCACAGUCAGAUGAUUGAGAAGCUUGGGAGUAUCUACAACUCGUAUGCUGAGCUCCUGGCGAACGACACUGAGACCAAUGGCAUGCUGCUGCGGGACUAUUGGGCGAGUCUUGAGAUGGAGAGGUACAGCGGUCCCUCUCUUUUAAGUGACGACACCCCUUGGCCGAUGGUUCUGAUGGUGCAGCUGGGCAGCUUACUGGUUGACCUGAUGGUUCAUGAGCUCAAAAUUUGGAGCAACAUCCUCAAUCCUGCUCAAGAUAAGAAGCUCAUCCCCAUCCUUUACCACAUGUACACGUUCCGCAGCAAUCAUAAGAUUGGCUUCAUCAAACAACAUCCUAUUGUGACACAAAUCCAGAGGGUUGCGAUGGAAACCAAACUCACAUUCGACUCUUACGUCAUGCCCAUGCUGUGUCCUUCUGUUCCCUGGACGUCCCCAAAGAGCGGCGCUUACUUGUUGAUGCCAACCAAGCUGAUGCGCUCCACCGAUGGAGCCAUCCAACACCAACUUCUCCUGGAGAAGAGCCGAGAUGAGGAUCUUCAUGCCGUGCUGGACUCCCUCAAUCAGGUGGGCAACUGUCCCUGGAAGAUCAACAAGCCCCUGUUGGACAUCAUCAUCUCAAUCUUCAAUGACAAAGGCAAUGACAAGCUCUGCAUCCCUCCACCUCUCUCCGAAGCACCCGAGGUUCCUCGCUUCAACCCUCACGACCCGUCUUAUACUCAGGCCGAGAAGGCCUACAUGAAACGGGAGGGAGUCAAAGCCAAGAAGAAGGUGGCAGAGAUGCACAGCCUCCGAAUGGAUGCGCUGUAUAAGUUGUCCAUUGCCAACCACAUGAGGGACGAGAUCUUUUGGUUUCCACACAAUAUGGACUUCCGAGGGCGUACCUACCCCCGGCCGCCUUAUUUUAACCACCUUGGUAGUGACGUGACCAGGGGAUUGCUGCUGUUUGCCGAGGGACGGCCUCUCGGGCCCAAAGGCCUCAACUGGUUGAAGAUCCAUCUGGUGAACCUCACGGGGUUGAAGAAGCGUAGCUCACUAGCUGGAAGACUGGAGUAUGCUGAGAGUAUCAUGGAGGACAUCCUAGACUCGGCAGACCGUCCUCUUGACGUGGAAGAGUUCAGGGCUCGGGAUGCAGAGAAGGGUUUGAAGAUCGCGCAGGUGCUGGAGGGCUUCAUCAGCAGGAAGGUGGUGAAGCAGACGGUGAUGACUGUGGUCUAUGGCGUCACGCGCUACGGGGGCCGUCUGCAAAUCGAAAAGCGACUGAAGGAAAUCGAUGAUUUCCCUAAGGAAUACAUAUGGGAUGCGUCACAUUACCUGGUGAAGCAGGUUUUCAGCAGCUUGAAGGAAAUGUUCACUGGGACAAGAGAAAUUCAGGAAUGGCUGACGGAGAGUGCUAGGCUAAUAGCUACGUCUGGGAAAACGGUGGAAUGGGUGACGCCGCUGGGACUUCCUAUCGUUCAGCCCUACCACCGAAUAAAAAACCAAACGCUCAAGGGCAGCAUGCAGAACCUGAGCAUCCAUAUAAGUCAUGAUGCCAAUGAAAAACCAGACAGCAUGAAGCAGAAAAACGCCUUCCCUCCUAAUUUCAUCCACUCUCUGGACUCCACUCACAUGAUGCUGACAUCACUGCAUUGUUACAGGGCUGGUCUGACGUUUGUGUCCGUCCAUGACUGUUAUUGGACCCAUGCUGUGACGGUGGACACCAUGAACAGGGUGUGUCGUGAGCAGUUUGUGGCUCUGCACAGUCAGCCCAUUCUAGAGGAGCUGUCCGGGUUUCUUCUGAAGAAAUAUUGCAGCAGGCCUCCGGUUAUAUCUAAGCCAAAGAAGUUUGAAGAGUACUAUAAGAUGGCACAGCUUUUGGCCAGCGUUCCUCAAACAGGUGAUUUUGACCUGGAAAAGGUGAAAGAAUCAGUGUAUUUCUUCAGCUGAAGAGCGUAUCGUGCGCUGACGGACAGCUUUCAUCAGGAGGCUGAGAGCCCUCCACAGACCUCAUCAAAACAAGUGUGCGUGACUGAGACCGGAUUGGUCGAUCUGGUAGAUAAGUGAGUGUACGUGAGAGAAUGUUUGUGUGUGUGUGUGUGUGUGUGUGUGUCUGUCUUGUCAUAUUAUCAUAAAGUCAUCACGUAAGCACUGAAGCAGAGUUCUGGCGGAGGCGAACAGCAGGAGUCGCCCUUGUGUGCGGGUGCGAGAGCGUGGAAGCGUUCAUGCGAUCUCCUCUCGGUAUGGAGCGAGAACGCUCUCUCGGCGGGGCUCUGAUCUGCUCCUUCACUCCUGAGUGCUAACGCGGGGCUGAUUAACCACAUGAUUCUGGCUCUCAUCGAUUUCAAGGCAGCCCCGUCUGAAAGGCCCUCUCUGACAUUUCCACUUGGACAUGAUUUACUCCCAGCAUCUCACCGCAGCUGGCGGCUCUCGCAUUCACAGCCAGUGAAGAAACGUGAGGAUGUUUAUGAUAAUAGAUCAGAGCACCUUUAGGAGUAUUUUGGGAAAACUUUGGAUGACGUGUGACUUUGUGGCCAUGUGGCGUCCUUUUUUUAAGGACUCGAGAGCACUUAAAUGACUGUUUUAUAAUCAAAGACGUCUUGAUCCGUUGGGUGCUUGUCGGGGAAUGUACACAUGGCAUUCAGUGAGAAAUAAAGUCGAUAUUUUUGCACUCUGGGUCUGCGAAAGGUUAAUUGUUAUUGAAAUUUCAAGACCCAAUAAAUUGCUUCAGCAGCUUUCUUUCUGUUUUUUGGAUUUUUAAAACAUUUUAUUACAAAGGGCAAUACGAAACAAAACCAAUCCAAUGUAAGGCUACACUUGAUUACACAAGAGUUGACGUCAACAGACCUGCUCAUUUCCUGACAUCUCGAACAACCUCUGCGUGGGAAGUUGCCCUUACAAUAAUAAUAGCUCAUGGGCUUAGAGCUAUUUGCCGCCACAUAAUGUUUUAAGUAACUUAGCGCCAAUGUUUCCUCAAUUUACGGACGAAAGAAAUUCAAUUUUACCCGAGUUGAGUUUGCAGUGUGAUCAGAUAAACAUGUCUUUCUACAGCACAAUAACCAGUUUAAUGUGAUUCACAAGCCAGUGACUCUUAUGAAGUAAAUAAAACACUCAGAAGACAAACUCUGGUUAGAUCAUUUAAACCUAAUCCUAAACUGAAUAAAUAAUUAAAUCUGUCAGUGUUACAGAAUUAUCUGAUUUGCUGAUUCAU